AUGGAAAUUUUGAAACAUUCAGAAACUUCAAUAAAUAUAUAAAAUUAAUUAAAUGCAAAUUAUUUCAAAAAUCAAAUUAUAUACAAGUACAUGAUCUCCAAUUUUAACUGUACAAAAAACGUUAAUAUUAUUAUUUUAAACACUAAAUUUACUUUCUUUAUUAUUAAUUGCACUUAGCCAUCCAAUUGCUUAAAGAUUAAGUUGUCAUGAAAUAUAUAAAAAAUAACACUAAUAUCUUACUGUAUCGACCGUACCGUGACCUACCGGCACACAAAUGCUCCCGAAAGUACAAACAUUUGCCAAUCAACAGGUUGUUGGUUGAAGGGCAGGAUUUUGCAACGUGUUACAAAAAGUAGGUCAAGUUCAAACGUACGCUUAAAUCAAUAUGUCUAGAAAUUGUUUGUUUGAUCGAUGAAAUUUUUCAUCCUUUCUGGCAAGUUUUUAGAACGUGGUAUUAGGGAAUUUGCUCCGCACUAGCAAAAUAAUUGGAAAUAUUUAAAACAAGGUUUUGAAAGGUAUAGAAAGUCGCUAAAAAUUCUCGCAACCAUCAUGGAGGUUAUGGAGGAAGGUAAUCUUAUGGACAGAAUUCCGAUUCUGCUCCAGCGUGAUUUGCAGUACUAUGAGGCGAACCAAAAAGUCCUGCAGGAGAACAUUUGUUCCGGUGUGGUUGGUGGCAAACUGGACUUUCCUCGUUCGGCUUCAUUUGCUUCGGUGAAAAUCGUCAUUUGGUACGUAAACUUCAAAUGGUCCAGUUUGUGCUGCAAUUGCGUAACAUCCCUCUGUUGGAUGCAAUCCAAUUUCCAAUCCAGGUUGGAAGAUGAAUAUUAUGCGGCAUAUCGGAAGAAUUCGGGUUUACUACAUCUUGCCGAUGCACUCCAGGAUCAGCAAGGGAAGGACCCAGAAGAGGCAGCUGGUUGCGGUGGUAUCGUAAAGUCAUCCGAUCCGGAAAAGUUUGUCAUACUCGUUUCGAAGUCAGUGGACAACUUGUUAGAACACAUUCAUACCUUGUCGCAGGAAGCGCUCGAUCAUGCGGAUCUAACCGUACUGACGGCUACGAUCGGUGCAGCAGCUUUGGUGAAGAAUAGCCUGUUCGUUUGGCUGCAAUGCGUGACCAAGAACGUGUGUCCUCCGAAGGGUGACGAAAAGGGAGGUUCCUUGAAGCUAAGCUACAAACAAUAUUCGGAGAUGACGGAAGCGCUUGCAGAGCGUUUGCUCGAUCUGCACUGUCGUCUGUUGACGCUCUACAUCAUCCAGGAUGCGGACAGUUUGCACUGGGAAAGUACCCAUCCAUUCUUUGAGUCGGAGCGCGGUUCUUACACCAUACAGAUGUGGUGGCUGUACAUGCAGGGUACCAAGCAGGAUCUCUGGAACUCGGUACCACCGACGAUGGCACAACGUGUCUUUGCUGGUAUGCUGAACGAAACGUUAACCGUGCUAACUGUCCGCUACACGCAGACGGUACCUAGCCGGGCCCGGUCACCACUGCUGCUGGUCGAUGUCUCAAACAUACUGUUGUGUGUCGGUGAACUACUUCCAGCAAUCUGUGCGAAUGGUGAAGCAUUUGUGGGGUUGAAUCUGCCCAGCCAGAGCAAGAUCAUACGAGACAUUCAUGCCAAGUGUCAGGAGCUGUUCUGUUGUCUGUUGUUGCGUGGAGUUCCACUCGGCGCACUCUACAAGAUCGCGAAGAAAGGGGUCCAGGGAGGAAUCGCAAUGUUUGGACAACGUCAAGGAUUGAUUGUACCGUGGACCAUUUUUACCAUGCCACGCCUGUUUCCGCCGAACUUGAAUGCACACUGGGCCGCCCGUUGCUCGGAGCUACCGACCAGCACGGCACUAACGCUCGAGCUCAAGGUACUACUGGCAGCUCCCCAAGCUAAUUGGUGGCUGCUGCUCAAGGCAUUGCUGAUGCGUGAAGCACACUUGUCCUCGUUGAUCUUUCAUCAUCUAAUCCGCAAUCUGCCAUCGUGCGACAACUUCAUUCCGAGUGCUCAUCAACCAUCCGUCAACCGGGACUGUCUAUCGAAGAAGUGUGAAGGAUUCCUGUGUGGAUUGGAGUGUAACGAUAUCGUGCAGUGGGCGCUAGAACAAAAUGAUCCGAUCGGUCAGUCCAACUAUCAGGUACUGAUGGGUCUCACUUACAUCGUCAUCAUGGCCGGCAAGACGUCCGAUAUAAACAAGACGCUCAUCUCGGCACUCGAGAAGAGCAAAAUGAACGAUUGGGCGUCCUGCCUGGAUCGGCGUCAAGUGUGGAACCAGAAGCGUCCGCCAUGGCUCGAAGCCAUCCUGCAUCUGAUCUAUCCGAUUCUUGGUCCAGUCGUCCAUAUGCUUGUGUCCGCCGUACAAACAACGGCCAGCAUGUACCAAGCGAUGUCCUUAUCGUUGUCCUGCUUUUCGGAGAUGUGGGAUUGUAUACCGGACUGUCUGUACACGGUUACCAACUGCCUGACUGAGAUUCUGCCAGCCGAGAUACGUCCACUGGGAGAUUCGGUAUUGAUUCAGCUUCUCUACAUCGCACUAUACUCAAAACUGCUAGAAGUAGCCGAAACCGAAGCGGAAGCAGAAACGAAGGAGCAAACAAACGCAACGUCCUCGCCGGAAGCUUCCGCCGCUCCAAUCUCAACGAUAAACAUGAAACCAAAGUCGGUUAUUUGCCAGACGUUGGCCGAAGCGAUCUGCUUCAUCGACGAGGACAACAAACACACGGAACAGAUUAACUCGCUCAUCAGUCAGGCCAGGGAAAGCCAACGCACGAUGGGUCAGCUGGAGAACGAUAUUGACGAUGCGGUCGGGCUGGCUAGUUUCGCCAGCACAUCACGUGUGGACGAUGUGGAAGCGUUCCUACGCCAAACGACACCGAGCGUUCGGUCGGAGGAAGAAUUCGACGUAGAGAACGCGGAGUACAUUGCCGAAAUGUUGGUAAGCGAUGUGCUGGUAACAAGCGUCGGUAAACUAAGCAUGAAGAUGCUGUAUCAGUACAUACGGAAAAAUUUCGACUGGAUACUGCAGCAGCUGGGUGUGAGCGAUAUUGAGCAUAAUCCGCUGCAACCGAACCCGGGACAGAGCAUUCGCGAGGAACGGCAAACGUUGAUUGAUCUAAUGUUUCACAUCGGACAUCGCUCGUUCGAUCAGCUGCUUAGUGGCGGGCUGGAUAUAGACUACACCAAGUGGUUCCAAACGCCCAUGUCGAUGAGUGUUGAGAAGGCCUGGCUGCAGGUGUGCCAGCGCUGGGAGUUUCAAGAGAGCGCCAAGCUGUCCGUGCACGAGGCGCUCAUGGUGUCCUUUAUUACCUCGCAGCUUAAGCCAUAAUUUUCAAUUGAAUCAUUCAAUUUUCAAACGAAUUUU